AGAGCGUUCUUCUCUCUCGUCGAAUCCGAAUCCCAUCUCUAACAAUAUAUAAUCACGCUGUAAACAGAAUUCGAUUCCAGUCUUACUUCACUCAGAACUGGUACUGUAUUAUCCGGCCAUUUCCCUUGCGCUUAAUUCAGAUUCUGCUACGAAGUUAGGAGAUGUCAGCCCGCUCUGUCGCUCACGUUGCGACUAUGGAGACAGCAUGUCAAUUGUUGAUACACGAACUACAGGAGUUGUGGCGAGAAAUCGGAGAAUCUGAUGAUGAAAGGGAUGCAAUGUUGCUUCAAAUUGAACAGGAGUGUCUCGCAGUGUAUGGGAGAAAUGUAGAUGAUGCCAACGCGUACAAAUUCCAGUUGCAGAAACAAAUUGAUGCUUGCAAAGUUGAAAUUGAAGAUAUCAGUUCUUCAAUGGGGGAGCAACACAUGCAUUGUGAUGUGGAAGUUGGGGGAAACUUGAAAGAGAAGCUCGAAUCCAUCAAGACCAGAUUAGAGGACAUUCGUGUCAGGAAGUUGGAGAGGAAGAACCAAUUUGUCGAAGUUGAGAACCAGUUACAGAAAAUAUCAGUUCAGACUGGGAGGUCUACAGAAAAUCUCUGGGAGGAUUUAGCUGAAGAGAGGGACUUAUCAUUGAAAAAGCUGGAAGAAUUACAUGACCAGUUGGCUGAUUUUCAAAACGAGAAGAGCAGCCGUCUGGAGCAGGUGCUAGACCACCUAAACACUUUAAAUCCCUUCUGUGUGGUGCUCGGUAUGGAUUUCAAAGACACAAUAUGCAAGAUACACCCGAGUUUGGAUGAAAAUGAAGAAAUGAAGGACGUGAGCAAUAAAACAAUUGACAGCUUGGCUGCUAAAAUACAGAGUUUGAGGAAGGUCAAGGCACACAGAAUUCAGAGGCUUCAAGAUCUCGCCAUUGACCUGGUGGAGCUGUGGAAUUUGUUGAAUACACCAACGGAGGAGCAGAAGAUGUUUCAGAAUGUUACCAGUAAAAUUAUUGCUUCAGAACCAGAAAUUACUGAGCCUGACAUCCUUUCAACAAACUUCCUCAGUCAUGUUGAGCAGGAAGUGGCGAGGCUGGAACAGCUCAAGUCAGCUAAAAUCAAGGAGGUGCUUCUGAAAAAGAAGAAGGAAUUAGAAGAGACUUGCAGGAGAACUCAUAUGGUCACAGAAGCACUUACAAGAGCUGAAUAUUCCAGUGAAGCUAUAGAAUCUGGUGCCAAAGACCCCGAGUAUUUGCUGGAACAAAUUGAGCUGCAAAUCGCAAAGGUAAAGGGGGAGGCUUUUAGCAGGAAAGAAGUGCUUGAGAAGGUGAACAAAUGGUUAGCAGCACGUGAAGAAGAGUGUUGGCUGGAGGAAUACAACAGGGACGACAAUCGAUAUUAUGCUGGAAAAGGUGCACAUCUAACCUUGAAACGUGCUGAGAAAGCUCGUGCACUGGUCAAUAAAAUUCCAGUAAUGGUGGAGGCGUUGACAUCAAAAGUCACUGCUUGGGAAAAAGAAAAAGGAUCCCAGUUCUUAUAUGAUGGUGUACCACUUCUUUCUACGCUUGAAGCCUACAGCAGCUUACGGCAAGAGAAAGAGCUCGAGAGGCAAAGAGAGAGGGACCAGAAGAAACUUCAGGGUCAAAUUAUGGCAGAGCAGGAAGCCCUUUACGGGUCAAAGCCCAGUCCAUCAAAAAGUGGAAGAAAGGUUUCCAGACCUUCAAUAGGAGCAGUCAUGAACAACAGGAAACUCUCGAUCGGUGGAGCAAUGCUUCAGAACUUGAAACCUGAAAAGGCUCCCCUUCAUGCGCUCUCUAUCAGGAAAGAAAAUGGUUUGAAUCAGAAAAGCAAAUUGAGCUACAAUCAGUCUGGAGGUAUUGAAGCGCACUCUUCUGGAAGAAAGAGUUCAAAUAUUUUUGGACAUGUUACAAAGAAACAUUCAUCUAGUGGUGCAAAGGAUGGUGGCAAAAUAAAUUCGCCACAAAUUCGAAAGCCUCUAUCCCCUAUUCCGUUGUCAUUGGCAUCCAAUAAUACCAACAUCGCAAAUUCCUCAAAAGAUCACAUAAAAUCACAAAAGGAAACACUUCCCCUAUGCAAGAUACCAAAUUUAGAACCUUUACUAUCGAGUUUCAAUAGCAAGGAAGAGGAAAACAACAAAAGCCCGAAGAAAAUCCAAGCACCUACUACUUCAACUGUGGCCAGUGUUUCGAUCCAGACAACUACUCCAUCUUAUGUGUCUUAUACUACAAAAUAUCCACCAAAAAAAUAUUUAGAAGGAGUUGAAUACUCGUUUGAAGAGGUAAGAGCUAUUUUUUUACGUAAAAUAAUUGACUAGAAACUAUUUUACGAGUAUAAUUUAUUACACAAUUUGAGGAUCAUAAUGAGAUAUUA